GUGCUUUUGGUAUCGACCAUGGCUGUGUUUGCCGACACCGUUGUGUACGGCCUCAUUGUGCCGUUCCUGCCCGACAUUCUGCAGGAAAAGCUCGGGAUGAGCAGCUCAGCCAACGGCAUUCUGUUUGGAUGCUUUGGCGUGGGUGUGCUGGUUGGCGCACCAGUCUCAGCCUACAUAUCUGAUCGCUACCACAUCCGCAAGUGGCCCAUGAUAAUCGGUCUGCUCGGUCUGGGCGCCACUAGUGUUCUGUUUGCGCUGUCGAAUGCGUUCUGGGAGCUGGUUGUGGCGCGCCUGGCGCAGGGCGUGUCAUCGGGGAUCACGUGGGCCAUUGGUCUGGGCAUGAUCGCUGAUGUGUACCCGCAAGACUCCAUUGGCAAGGCAAUGGGCAUUGCGUUUUCGGGGUUCACCGUGGGAUAUUUGGGCGGCCCGGUCUUGGGCGGGUUAAUUUAUGACGCAGGCGGCGUCCAUGCAAUUGCCAUUUUCGUCGCAGCCAUCACUGUGGUGGACCUGGUGUUCCGUCUUUUGCUGCGCGAGCCCACCGAUACACAGCAGGAUAGCACGGAGGUGUCGGUCAAGAGCGAGGAGGCAGGCGAGCAGCCAGAGCGGCGGCGCACGACAAUGUGGGACCUGCUCAAGGACUGGCCGAUUCUGGCCUGCUGCGUUGCGACCAUCACUGUGACUGGAGCCUCGGGCGCAUUUGAGCCUGUGCUGCCCAUCCACCUGAGGAACGACUUUGGCUUGAACGAGAAGCUCAUUGGUGUUGUGUUCAUUGCGCUGGUGGUGCCCAAUGCCAUCGUCGGCCCCAUUGCCGGCAGAUACACCGACGACGAGCGGGUGCUGAACAAGCUGGCGCCGUACGGACGCUUUGGAUUCAUGAUUAUCGGCUCGAUUUUAACGGCGGUCUCGAUAGCCUUCAUCGGCCUGCCGCGCAACCUGGCCGGGCUGGUCGUCAACCUUGUGUUUUGCGGGCUGCUGAAUGGCGUCGCGGCAGUGCCCAUCAUGAGCACUAUGGGCGUGCGCGUGCAUCGGCUGGGCGGCGACGCCUACGCCAAGGUCUAUGCGCUGUUCAACAUUGCCUACAGCGUCGGUGUCAUCAUCAUCCCGACCAUCCUGCCGCCCAUCAUGAACGUGAUAGGGUUCGCCGGGACCAUGGGUGUGGUGGCCGCGAUUCUGGUCUUUGGCGCCAUCAUCUUGGCCAUCCAGCCGACGAUCUGG